UUAAUAAAGUGAUUGCUGUAUUACUACUACAUGUUUAUUUGGACACUUGUUUGUUUGAUUUGUUAUUUAUGUACAUGCUUAUUUUACAGGAAAACAGACCUUUUAUCACAUUGACAUAGCAGCUAAUCCUGGGAAAGGAGCUAAUUGUGUUACACGCAUGGUGCACCAUUACAUGUACUUUGUUAAGUUUGGGCAUGGUGAAACAGAUCUCAAGGUUCACUUUGAUAACUGUACAGGACAAAAUAAAAACAAUGUUGUGUUAUGGUAUGGACUUUGGAGAGUGUUUACAGCAUCUCAAGGAAAGGAAAAGAUAUUAAGUUUUCAACAUUUUCUUCAGGGCUACACAGAACCAUAGAAUACUCGAUGAUGGUAGCUGGUCACACAAAAUUUGAGCCAGACUGGCAUUUUGAUGUUUGGAAGGUGCACUGGAGAAACACCAAUGCUGAAACAAUACCACAGGUGGCAGAAUCCGUUAGGACUUCCAGUAGAAGUGGUCAUAAUAUACCACAGGUUGUAGGUGGUGCUGAAGAUCCUGUCUUGUUCUAUAAAUGGAAGAAUUAUUUACAACUGUACUUUAAACCACUGAAAUACCUAACCCACUACCACCAUUUCUACAUGGAUUCAGAGGAUCCAGGAAUUAUUACAUGUCGGGAAAAUGCUUCAUCUGAGCCUGUCACCUUCAUGUUACUGAAAAGCAAAAGUAAAGUUCCGAAUCCAGGUGUUCUUCCUUCUCCAUCUGUCAUUAAAGGCCUUGAACCUGCCCGACAAUGGUACCUAUAUGACCACAUCAGAGAGCAUUGUUAUUCACAGACAGCAAAAGAAUGCAUAUGUCCAAAACCUACUGUACCCAAAAAGAAAUAGACUUAACAGAAUGCUGUGAAGAAUAUAAACCAAAAGGUAAUAGGAAAAAGCUUUACUAAAUUAAGCUUGUACAUGUAAUUCACUGAUUGUGAAUUCUGUACAUGUUUCAACAUGUAUGAACAUUUUUAAAAUGUAAGGUAUUUUAUUAAAUGUUUGCUUUACUUGAAGUUUAUAGGAAAGAUUUACAUGUUCUCUGGUUAAUUCUGUGCAUGUUUUUAACAUGUGAUUUGUACAUGUUUCGAUAUUGUUUUAUCAAAGCAUUUAUGGUUUUCUAGUGUUGCAGAGUUGUGAUUGAUUGUUUUUUAUAUUACCUGGUCAAUUCAGAUUCUCUAUAUGUAUGAAAUGUGUCAUGCACAUGUUAAUAACACUAUUUGAUGAGUAUGUGUAUGAUGGUUUGUUUAAAGUAAGGCAAGUUAUGAUUCAAUGAUGGCGAUUUCUUUAAUGUGUAAUUGUCAAUGUCAAUUAACAUGUUUUAUCCAACACAUGCUCUGUUAAGUGGAAGUUGCAAUGUACAGCUGUAACAUGAAUUUUUUUCUAUUCAUUUUACCUUGUAACACUUUCAUGAUUAUCUGCCAAUUUGUGAUUUAUCCAUAUAGUAUAGUUUGCUUAUUGCUUUAUGCUUUGCAUAAAUUAUUUACUUUCAUGCUUUACUGUUAAAGUGAUAUAGUUAUAUAUACCACCAUAUCAUCAUCUUUAAGUACAUUGUACAUGAGUGUAUAUGUACAUGUUUGUCUACCAUUUUCUUUUAGCAUGCUCUUAUAAAGUGCACUGUGCAAUGAGAUGGCAUUUUUUUCUCAGGAAGUUUAUUGUAUUUUUUCUCAGUUGUUUAAGGAAGCUCUUAACACUGCACACCACACUAAAGACAACUAAAUCUCAUGGCAGUUUUAUUGCAACUUAGAGUGAUUUGCCCUUAGAUAUAAGAUAGAAUAGACUAAAAUCUGCAGUGAAAGACACAAUGUGUACUAGAUAAAAGUGUUCUUAACAUUACGUGUUUGUUAGAAUAAGAUAAAGUAAUUGGAUAAAUCAUUUGCAUGUAUCUUCCCAAUGUAAGUAAACAGGCGUAAUUUCUGUUCACUGAGUUUACUUAAGAUACCUUAACUGUCUGUGAACAUAUAUUCAGGGAAAUACUAUAGGUACCUUAUGUUGAAUAUGAAUUUGGU